UGAAACGAAGCGGAGAUUUAUUUCAAAUUGAAAAGUUAUCCAUAGUAUAAACAAUGAAACUGUUUACAUAUAUUGUAAUGUAGAUAUUAUAUAGAUUGUUUUGGAUAUGUUAAAUGGGUACAGUCGUUGUUUAUGGUCCAAUGAGCCAAACAAUUAUCAAUUACAUUUUGAAUUGCUGUAUUUUAACAGGAAAUGGAAAGAAGACAUAUAUUUAACUUGAUAAUAUGUAACUUCGAGGGAAAUUCAUUUUAUGUGUCCGGUUUUAUAUUUUGAACAAAUUUGAGUCUAUAGAUAAAGGAACUUUUUAUCGAGAUGUGGAAUUGUGUAAUUUUUUUUAUUUUUCAAGGGAUGUACUUGGCACAAUCACAGCUACUCACAACAGAGUUGUAUCAACACCUUUUUCUUAAUACCAACUAUACGAUAAAUUUGUUACCAGUUUGUCAAAAUGGCGGGAAUGUUACAGUUAAACUGCAGACGGCGCUCAGACAAGUUAUGGAUGUGAAUGAAAGAGAACAGAUUGUAACAGUUAAUAUCUGGUUCCGAAUGAAAUGGAAUGACUGUCGAUUUCAAUGGAAUGCAUCCGAUUACGAUGGAAUAUCGAGUUUGAAUCUUCCGUAUACCUCAGUUUGGGUACCAGAUAUAACAUUAUACGACAGUGCGGCCGACGAAGUCAUGAUGCCGGGGAGAGAAAAUUACAGAGCUACAAUUUCUUCUGAUGGAUCUGUUUCAUAUAAUUUUCCAACAGUUUUGAAAAGUGUUUGUCGGAUCGAUGUAACAUACUUCCCCUUUGACACACAGAUUUGUAAGCUGACGUUCGGGUCGUGGUCCCAUCAUGGAUUUGAAAUGGAUGUCGUGAACUCGGCAACUGAAGGUGAUCUCGCUACGUACAUCGAACACAAUGAAUGGGAUAUUGCAGCUUUCCCUGUUAUCCGACAUGUUCUUCAAUACAACUGUUGUCCCGAACCAUAUCCAGAUGUUACCUUUUAUCUUACACUCAAGAGAAAAUCCCAAUUUUAUGUAUUAACAGUUCUGUUUCCUUGUAUCCUAACUGCAUCAGUUGCUGCGUUAACAUUUAUCUUACCCCCAGAGUCUGGGGAGAAAGUGUCACUUGGUGUGACUGUACUAUUAUCUCUAGCUGUAUUCCUGUUAAUGGUUUCCGAACAGUUACCGGCAUCUUCGGAUACCUACCCAUAUAUAGGGAUGUAUUUUGCUUCGUCGAUGACGCUAGUAGCCCUGUCAUGUUUUAUGACGGUAAUGGUAUUAAACCUACAUUAUCGUGGUGAAAAUGGUCGAAAGGUUCCAACGUGGGUUCGAAAACUUAUUAUAAAUAGACUAGGUGUGCUUGUAUGUAGCGAGAAAAAUACUCAUAGAUUUUAUAAAUCACAUAGACAAUCCAGCAAUAAUUCAGCACAGGUGUCACCAGAAAACAUCAAAGAGGAGAUGAAAAUUGGAAAUGGUCACGUACCAAAAGGUGAUACAAAUGAAGUCCACUUCGUUUCAAACAGGACCAAUAGAGACUUAUUAUUGCAUAAUAAAGACCCAAUAUCUGGUUACCUUCGAGAACAGUCAACGGUUCUGGGCAAACUUGAAAAGCAUGCAGAAAAAGAUCAAGAGCUUCAUAACAAUAUUGACGAAUGGCACGAAGUUGCAUUUAUCAUGGAUAGGUUUUUUCUUUUUUUCUACAUUUUUACAACAGUUUUAACCUCAAUCAUUUUUCUGGCGAAAAUGACAGAAGAUGCUUAAUGCUGUAAAGAAGAAAACAGUAUUUGCCAAAGACUGCUUUAUACUUCCUUUUGGCGUAAAACGAGUGCUAUCCAAACGAACAUUAAGGCGGGUAAUGUGUUUUGUUUAUUUCAUUCCGUUGUGAUAACAAUUCCAGUAUAUAAGAUUUGUUGUUAAAGGUAAACGUUAUUCCUUCUAAUUGAUUAGUACUGUAUGAAGGGCAUUCAUAAUUCUCAAUCACUUUCAAAAGUGUCACUCUAGAGCAGUAAGUAGAUUCAAUACAGUUUAAGUAUACCUUUCAGAAGACUAAAAUUCGUCGAAUGUCACAAGAAAUCAUGUGUAUAUGUGUCAUGUAUGCUUAAACUUAAUCAUAAUGUAUUAAUUUAUUAUUAUAGCUUAAAAUCAUUUAUGAUUGUUCUCAUUUAAUAUAACGUUUUCGUUUUCAAGUUAUUUUCAUUGCAAAAGUGAAAGAUGUGAGAAAAGAAAAGUGUUAUGUUGCAAUGACGUUAUAGUCAUUUCAGUGACGUAUUUUAUUACUAGUGUGAGAAUUAUUAUGAGCAAUAACCUGGAAAGUAACAUUUUAAAUCAAAAAUUGAACAUAUAGUAUUCCGUUAAGUUGUUCUGCACAUGUAAAACUGACAUCAAAUGAGACUAUAUACGCAGUGUUUCCAUUUUUGUCUUUAAAUCAAAUACGUUUAUAGGAUCGCAUGCAAACAUCUUACACGACAUUUGAUGACAUUAUAUCUUAAAUACUAGUGUUUAAGACAGAUAUCGGAUUUAAUAAUUGAAAACUUGUGUAGACAAAAAAGGUUUUAAGAAGUGUACAAAUGUAACAUAAUAUAUAUUUUUUAUAUGUGUGAGGUACUCCGCCACUUAGGUUUUGUAAGACUUAUAAAUAAGAAGAUUUGGUAUGAGUGCCAAUGAGACAACUAUCCAUCCAAGUCACAAUGUGUAAAAAGUAUACAACUAUAGGACAAAGCACGGCCUUAAACACGGAGCCUUGACUCACACCGAGCAGCAAGCUAUAAAGGGCCCCAAAAAGACUAGUGUAAAACAAUUCAAACAGGAAAACCAACGGUCUAAUCUAUAUAAGAAACGAGAAACACUUAUGAACCACACCAACAAACGACAACCACCGAACAACAGGCUCCUGACUUAGGACAGGUGCAUAAAAAUGCAGCGGGUUUAAACGUAUUAACAGGCGCCAACCUUCACCCUAACCUGAAACAGAGGUAUAACAUCACAACAUAAAAAGACACAAUAAAAUAUCAGUUGAAAUGGCUUAACUCGAUCAAAAAGACAAUACACAAAAACAAGUAAACAUACACUGAACGAAUCAGUUUGAUCUAUGACACAACAAAACUACCAUUUUGUUAUGUAUUUUCCGUCAGUUUGUUGGGUAUAUAUUUUGACAAUUUAGCUUUUUCCUAAUUCAAACUUUUGAAAUCCAUGAAUGUCAGAAUACACCAAUUACCAUUAGUAAGUAUACAAUGUUAAAAGGUCUGCUUUUACACAAAUGUUUAAUGAAAUAUGGAAAAUAUUGCCUCAGCAUAACACAAAUUGGCAAAUGAAUUGUAACCUUACGUGAAGCUACAGCAAUAAAAGUGCUCGACAUUGCUAAUAAAUAUUUAAAAUGUUAAGUCUCUGAGAAAGAAAUGGACUCAUAGUUAAUCUAACAGUAAAAAAUAAUACCGAUUUACUUAUUGAAUAACUAAUAACAUGUUACAAAACUCCAUUAGAAUAGAAGUAAAAAAUCUGAUUGAAAAGGACAAUAUACUACCAGGACGGUAUGUAAGUAACAACCAAUCAAUCAAUCAAUACACUAGCAUAUUAUAACUGUUUCAAUGAUGGAGUUAAUUUUUGGUGAAUGUUUAUGUACAUGUUAUCAAUGAUUUCAAAUGAUUGUUAAAGAAAUAGUUGAGAAAUAAAAAUAUAUCAUCUUAAAA